UGUCUCCCUAGAUGUCUGUGCUUUCCAGAGCAACGCUUCAGAAGGUUGCUGUGUCUGUGAUGGUCCUUCUGACAUGCUAUUUCAUGAUAUCCUGUCACUGUCCUGAAAAGUUGACGAAAGAGGUUCCCACUCAAGAAAAACCGAGGUUGAAACCCCAGAGUCCUCUUCCCAAGGCUGGUCCAUGCAACUGUCCUCCGGGAUCAUCGGUCCUCAAGAAUCAAGUCCCGAAGGAUGAGUAUGAGGAGCUGGUGCGAGGCAGAGCCAAGGAGCUCCAACAAUUCAAAAUCAGGACCACGUCUGUAUUGUCCACACCGUUGAUUGCUUUGCCCAACUCUCCCCUGCAGUAUCCUAUCCAGGGUGUCCAUGCACAGCCUCUGAUUUCCACUCCUGUACCAGGUCUCCUUGGAAGUGUCCAAAGGGGUCCUGACCACAGAGAUUGCUGAUGGAGGGAUGGUGCAAGGUGAUGGGAAGACCAAGCUGAUUAUGGAGUCUAGCAGCCUGGUGAUCCUGAACUACCUGCUGGCUAAAGUGUUUUACACCAGCACGAUCUACCACAUACACACUGGAGACCUCGUAUCCUUCCAGUUUGAGGAGCAUGAGGCCGUGUUUCCCAUCACUAUCAAACAGCCUCUCCUUCCAGUCUUGUACAACAUGGGAAAAAAUGUGAGCUCUCACGUCACCGUCAUCACCAAGACGUUCCUGCGCUACCCACGACUCAAGGUGUUGCUGAGUAGCAUCCGGCGUUUCUAUAGCGACAUAGAAGUCAUCAUCGCUGAUGACAGCUUUGAACCGGAGCACAUUACUGGAGAACGCAUAAGACAGUACAUCAUGCCGCCAGCACAGGGCUGGUUUGCUGGCAGGAACCUGGUGGUCUCCCAGGUAACCACCAAGUACUUCCUGUGGGUGGACGAUGACUUUGAGUUCACAGAGGGGACGAAGAUAGAGAAGCUGGUGGAGGUGAUGGAGGCACACCCCGAACUGGAUGUGGUGGGCGGGACCGUACAAGGCAACCAGUUUUAUUUCUCUCUCCUUUAUGAGGAAGGAGAUGAAAUGGAUGGUGGCUGCCUGCACAGAAAGUCUAAAGGGAGGUUCCACUCACUUUCUCGUUACCCAAAAUGCAUUAUGGCCAGUGGAGUGGUCAACUUCUUCCUGGCUCGAACGCGUGCUGUACAGCAGGUGGGAUUUGAUCCUAAGCUCCAGAGGGUGGCGCAUUCGGAGUUCUUUAUGGACGGUCUGGGCUCCUUGAUGGUUGCCUCAUGCAGCCACGUGUCCAUCAGCCAUCAGCCCAAAACGGGCCCCAGCAGUGACGGUAGAUACGGCAGAUUCAGACACCCUCCAUCGAGUGACACAAAGUUUAAACUUCAGCUUCACUUCUUCAAAAACCACCUAAAGUGUGUCAAGUAUGGAUAAAGGACCACUUGAGGACAUUACGGUCACUGGUUGGGUAUAUAUCUCUCCCUUCUUGUCUGUUUUUAUUGUUUGGUGUAUAUAUAUAUAUAUAUGUAUAUAUAGUUAUUUUUUCUUUUAUAUAUAUUUUUUGAAGAUAAUUAUUUUGCCUCCUCAUUCAGCUCUUGAAUGCCAUUCAAGGAAUCUCUUCAAAUUUGGCACAGAUGUACACUUGAACUCCAGAAAGAAUUGAUUUGAUUGUUGUGGUCAAAGGUGAUCUCACGUCCGUUCCAUUCUCGCAAUCUGGACCUAAAAAAAGUUGAGCUAGUCUUGUGCUAGUUAUGAAGAAAUUCACAUAAAUGUCUAAUCGGAUGAAAUGACGUCAAUGGAUGUUAACUGCAAACAUGAUUGAUGAGUGGGAGCAUACGACCUUCUCAAGGCAUUUGGUCAUUCGGCCAAUGUGGUUUAUCCUAAACACCCAAGAGAAUAUUUUUUUACAAAGUGCUUGUUAUCUUAUAGUAUCGUCAGGAACAUGCUUUAGCAAAGAUAAAAUAUAAGUAAUUUUCCACAUUAUUAUGUCCGUAUUUGUCCAACAGGACUGUGUGAAAAAUAAACGAAAUACGUGUGGGAAAUUACUUUUAUGUCGUAAGAAAGUCAAGUAGCCUGGAAGCCGGUACAGCAACCCGCCGGGAAGAACCGACACACUAUGUUUUACUCAAGGAAAGAAAAAACUUUAUCUAUUCCAUCUAAUGCCAAAUUUACAAGAAAGCGUAAAUAAUUUGGAAUCUGAUAGACUGCGUUUCACAAAGUUUAUGUAGCUUCUUCAAAUUCAGCAACUCACAAAACUGUACCAGAACCAGCCUGCCAAAACUUUGUCGUUCUUGACGGCCUUGAAUGGAUAGCGAAAGAAAAAAAAGGCUAUGUUUAGUUGUUCACCAACAGUUCGGUCCAGUUGAGUAUGUUAAAAUACAGGGACUGUGGAUUAUGUUAUGUCCUUCAACUAAGCAGUCAACUUCUAAGUAUUUCGCAAUGUUGUUGUGACAAAAUGUCAAACAUUAUCAAAUGGGAGUGGCUCAUGACAAGGCUAUGGUAUGUUUUUGUGUUUUGCUUCAUGCCACCGUUCCCUUGUUGUGACUAAAAAUAAAUACAGAUGAUGAAAAUGUUUGUUUACAUCAGCUUUCACAAGUGUUCAGCACCUGGGUUUCAGGUUUUGAUGAACUAUCCAUGUUUUUAUUUCUGUUUUUAUGUCUGUUUCAAUGUAAAAGCCUGUUGUUUGUAGUUCACCAUGUGUGCCUCCUUAUAUUCCACUGAGAAAAAACAAGCUAAACACAGACUCGGUUCACACAGACAAAUCCUACUCGUCAAAUCCAGAAACUGUGUGCAUCCAAUUCACUUGGGCUUUGGAAAUAUAUAUAUAUUGAGGGAUAGAAAUAUCCCUAUAAACACACACAUAUAUGUGGCUGUCUGUAUGCAUUUUCAUUAUUACUGUCAUGAAUGCAGGAACGAUUUUUUAAAAUUACGACGAGACACUAAAAAAUAAAACAUUGUUUUUUCACACACUG